CCACCGCCUCCUCCUUAAAUCUCCAGGAUAAAUAAGCGAGCGGGAGAAAGCAGUUUGGACUCUAGGGAGAGAGAGAGGGAGGGAGGAAAGGGAAAGCGGCAGACGGGCAGAGGAAGAAAGGUCAAGGCAUCUGGGGUGCCGCUUCUUCUUCUUCUUCUUUCCGGCAGGGAGAUUCUUGGGACGAGGCGCCGCGGAAGGGAUUUCUUUGGCUCUAGCUCCUGUGUUUUGCUUCCAUGGAGAGGGACUUCCUCGGCGCGAUUGGCAGGGCGGGGAAGGCCGGCGUCUCGGUGAAGAACGAGAGCCGGACGGAGCCAGAUAACCCGCCGGCGACGCAGUGGCAGUUCCCGGCGAAGUCCGGCGCCGCGCCGGCGUUCAUGUCCUUCCGUACGGCGGCCAGGGAGGAGGGCUCCAAGGAGUUCUCCAUCUCCGGGUUCCGCCCGGCCGCGGCAACCGGGGACGCCUUCGACGGCAUCAAGAAGCAAGCCUCCUUGCCCGUGACGCCUCAGCAGAGGCAGUUUGGGCUCAACAGCCAUGUCACGGCGCAGCAGUAUCCCGCCGCGGCGCACGGCCAGCGCGUGCAGGGGAUGGAUUACAGCGCGGCGGCGCAUCAUCCUCUCCCCGGUAGAUCCAGGAUGGUUCAGCCGCUGUCGGUGCGCCAUCCUGCGCCGUUCAGCCAGGCGAACCCGAUGAUGCUCAGGUCGCAGAGCUUCCACAGCGGCGCUGGUAUGCCGUUCAAGAACCAGCCUUUCACCAUGAGCAAUGGGUUCGGCGGUUCUACAGUUGGCGUGUAUGGCUCAAGGAACCCGCGUAGUCAGACCUCAACACAGUUGACAAUAUUCUACAAUGGUUCCGUGAAUGUAUUUGAUAACGUCCCGGUGGAGAAGGCUAAAGAAAUCAUGAUGUUAGCCAGCAGGGCAUCUAUUCCAAGCCCACCAAGCGCAUCCCACAAACCGGGUUCGCCCAUUUCUGCCCCUGCAAAGGUCAACGUGCCUGAGCUUUUGCCUGCUAGACAGAUUGUGGUUCAGAAAUCAGAGCCUUCCGUGCCUCAUUUAUCAAGCACUUCAAGCCCAAUCCCCAUUGUUCCACAAGUUGUGAGUCUCUCCAGGAGCACAUCUAACUGCACCACAGAGUCCACCGGGCCAAGACCUUCUGUUCAAAUGCCAAUGACUGCUCCUACCAGCCAGGCAUCCACAUCCCAGCAGAUGCCAUUGGCAACUACAAGUGCUGCUGCUGUUGUGCCAAGAGCUGUCCCUCAAGCUCGGAAAGCAUCUCUUGCCCGAUUCUUGGAGAAGCGAAAGGAGAGAGUGACUAGUGUUGAGCCAUACCCAACAUCGAAGAGCCCGUUACAGAGCAGCGACACCAUAGGCAGCCCUAGCGCUCCAACCAAAUCUUCGUCCACAGACUUCGCCCCAGCGAGCAGCAACGGCAAGGAGCCAUUGCACUUCGGCCAGCCCAGGAACAUCAGCUUCAGCAGCGAGGCGUGCCCCAGCACGAAAUUGCAUAUCUGACAUCCUCAGUGUUCAUAAAUCAUAGUAGACUCAUCGCUCACCGAUGCGAAAGCCUGACAUCCUCUUUUGCAUCCCGGGUGAUGCUGGAAGAUAGGAAGAGAUGAACCAUUAGAUUGUUGCUCGUAAGCUGAGUAUAAUUUUGUUGAGAUGGCUAGAGCUGUAUCUCUAUAUAGUGUUGGCCUAGCUGUUAUAUAGCUGCUGCAGCGCGCUGAUAACAGGAGCGCUGUGACUCGCUGGUUGCAGGCUCUUCUUGGUUGUUUUUUUGCCUGCUCCAUUGUAUUAUUCAGCCUGAGAAACAGACGCGCUGCUUUGUCUCUGAA